AUCUCAACAGCCAGAAGAAUAUUGGUUUACGAUAAUGUCAUAUACCUCCAUGAUUGGUUUAUAAUGAACAUCUGAUUUUAUUAAAUUCGAUCUUUCUAAUGGUUACUUUGAAUCAUCGAAUCAGAAGAGAACAACUUUACACUUCAAAAGUCUAUAUAAACCCGACAAAUUCUAUAAAAAUUUGAAUUAUAACUUGACACGAUAAGAUGAGAUAUAACUUUUCGCCUAGUCUAUGGAUACUAAUUUAUCUUUUCUUCGUUUGGAAUUACAAACGUUUCAACUGCAAUGACAUCUGCAAAAACCCUGAUUUGGAACACUAUGAGAACGUCAUUUUUGAGAAUGAUACAUAUAGAUAUUCUCUUCAUUAUAAAUAUUCAAUGAGGAUUCAACGUAAUCAACCUCAACCAGUUCCGAGUGAACGUUUUAUAAAUAAGGUAGAUCGCAGAUACAAGGCUCGUCCUCAAUUCUCGUUUAGUUAUUACGGUGAACACGUUAAAGAAAUUGAGUUUCACAAGAAACAUUAUGUACAUGUAUAUGGACGGUACCGAAUUGCAAAUAUUAUUAAUUACAUAGAAAACUAUGAGAAGUCUGAAGCUGUAGUUUUGGAUGAAAAUGAAUUAUUAGGAGCCCAAAGGACUUUUUCGACAAGCGUUAAUGGUACAGAUGUUACAAUCACAACGACGACUUUAAUACACCCAAAUGGGAAAAUAUCGUUCUAUUAUGAUAACAUUCCUAAGGAAAUUGAGGAAAGUCAGUUUCGAUCAAAAAUCUUUGGACUAAUACGUUGUGAAAAACAUAACACAUAUCAUGAGAUACCUGUUCCAGCAAAAUGGAUCAAAAGUGGUACGUUGGUGGAGUUUGAAGCCAUCGGAGAAAUUUGUUCGCAAUACAAUACAAGUGAAACAUGCCAAAAUGCAACGACAUCGACUAUGACAUGUUUUUGGUGUGACAAAGGGAAGAAAUGUAUAGAAAGUAACGAUCAGAACACUCAUGGCUUGAAAGUCAAUGACUGCCGUGUUGAGAAGACCUUGGAUGUCAACGAUUUGAAUAGUUCAACAACUACGGAACACGGUGAAACAACAUCGGGUAUCACUGAGGUUCAGGUUAGUGAAAACCUCAUGAAAACUACUGAAGAAACAGAUAAACAAUCGUAUAUGACUACAAGGACAACGGAAGAAAAUAAGCAACACAAGUCACAUUGGUACUUGUACGUUGUUAUUCCUAUGGUCGCCUCUCUAUUUCUUAUAUGCAUCGGUUGUAUAAUUUGGAGAUGGUUACUUAGAAGAAAGGGAAGUGAUGAAUGA